CGACGCCGGGUUAUUAUUGCUUUGCCUGCUCGCUGGUCGCACCUGUUCGCGCCCUCGCUGGCCGAGGGAGCCGCAGCCCGUCCGGCGCCCCGGGAGGCCGCCCCGCACCUCUUUCCUCCGUUCCUCCGAAACGCCCAAACUCUGCGCGGGGGCGCGCUCGGGUCUCCUCGCGAGGAAACCGCCCGCCUGAGCGAAACGUCGCGAUCCCAGAGUUGCUGGGGGAAAAAAAUCAAAAAUCUCCGCUUGAGAUUCAUAAGUGCUCUGCAUCGUGUGAGAAAGAGACUUCCUUACAGGAAAAGCACGCACUUUGAGGACGUAGCUGGGAUGCCAAGAAACAUGAUGUCAGACUUCUCAGGGAUGCGAUAUGAAAUUCCUCCUGAGGUUCAGUUUGGAAAUGUUGAAAAAACCCAUCAUCUUGAGAGUGGAAAAAGUUGCCCAAGACGAAAAUACUCAACACUGGAUGAAGACGAACGCUUGAAGAAUCUAACUCAUGAAGAAAAAGAUGUCCUACUUUUUUUUGAAGAAACUAUUGAUUCCUUGGAAGAGGACUUGGAAGAGCAAGCCUUGCAUGACAGUGGUGUCUUCUGCCAUUCUCCAAAGUUGGUGGAAGAAAACACAUCCAGCCAUUCAGGGUCUGAAGAUAUCAUAGACUUGGUCCCGUCAGCACCAGAGAACAACACAGAACCAGCACCGGAAAAAACUUGGAAACUGGAUAAGCCAAAGCUGGAGGAUGUUGAACCAUCAAGGGAAGAUGUCCGUGUUAAUCCAGUUUCUGCUCAACCUACACUGCCUUCAGCACCCCCAUUGCCAGUCUGGGAGAUGUAUCCUGUUCAGCCUGAUGUAGCACAUCCAAAACUCCUUCGUUCGAUCCCCACUCCUCUUCUGAUUGCUCAGAAAAUAUCUGAGCAGGAGACAGAAGGCAGUUCUUCCUCUCUUCCUUCUCCAAAGGAACGGAACACCAGUGAGAGAAGGAGUGUCCCUGCUUCUUCCACCCUGUGCAGUAGAGAGCAUGUCAAGCCAUAUGUCCCCCCUCCAACUGCUCCCAAGCCCCAGAGGUUCCCGAGCAACAUCAGCUUCACCAACGCUAGCGAGCGGGAAUUCAGCAAAAUCAUCUCCAAGGCAGCCGUCAAUGUUCAAGAGCGCAAAGCUCAAGUGUUGGCCAACGUCAAUGGUUCAGCCUUCCUCAUAAGUGAGUUGGAGGAGAAACUACAGAAGCGUGAACUUCUGGGUCCCAGUCGAAACUCAUCCUUACAAGAUUUACCUUCUGAGCCAAUGACCCAUGAAGCCUUGAGUAACUUAAGCCCGGUUGAAAAAACUCUGGCACGUGCCCAACUGGUCUGCCCUCUCACAAUCCCCCCCACAAAGAAUGAGGGGCCUGAACUAGGACAUGUUGUACCAAAUGGCUAUCGAAACAUCCAUGAAAUCUUGAAAAAGGAUCCUAAUCUAUUGCCCACCAUGACCAAAACAAUGACUUUCAAGCCAGAUACUGACCUUGUGGAUGGUACAUCUGCUCAGCCAAACACCGCCAAGAGUUUUUCCAGACACACCCAGCAAGACUUCAUCCUUGAUAUACGGAGGAGGUCUGGCUCGUUGCCCAAAUCCUCAGGACUCCAACCCAGAGGUAUAACAGUACAGUUUUCCGGCCGUGGAUCAACAGAAGAAGCUCGGCGGGAGGCUCUACGAAAACUUGGACUUCUAAAAGAAUAGUGGAAUGAGAAUAACAUCCAGAGAACAUUAUGUGCCCGAAGACAGAUUCCAAUGUGAUCCAAAGACAGCUCUCUUUAUCACACAGACUAAGGAAAUAAUGAGUAUUGGAACUCCACUGUUCUGUGCUGGCAUUUUUUGGUGAAUGUCCUUGACGUGAAGUCAUAGUGCUUACUGAAGACUUUGAGGCAGUUAAUAAAAGCCUGGCUGAAAGUAAGCGUGUCAGGCUAAAUGAAGGUCAGUGGGCAGUAUGUGUGUAAGCUGGGUACAUGUGUCACUGGCAAUUACAUCUGCGUCCAUUGGAUGAAGCCCAAAGAGUCCCAAGAGGGACAGUAUUAAUGAAUUCUAUAAGGAUAAAUGUAUGCAGUACAUACACACAUAUUCGACAACUCAAAUCUGUAAUAAAGCUGCUAUCUCUGAUUGUCACAGAUAUUUAAUACCACACACACUGCAGAUCAUUCCUUCUUUUGCAGAGUAACUGGCGAGACUGUACGAAUCUUUUUCAGGAUGGUUGAUAACUUGAAAAGCAUUGUGUCUGCUGGAUUUGACAAAAGGUCCCUUUUUCUGCACCCAGUAUUCUGUUUCCCAUAGCCACCCAGUGCCUGUGCUUCUGAAACCAGUUGUGUUGAAAUGAAAGGGGACCCCAAUGUGCCAUAAGUCUGGAUUGCAGUCUUGGGCGCCCUACUUUUCUGACUUCCUAGGCACCAUGUUGAAGCAUACGGUGACCUGCUCCUCCUUCCAGCACCUAUAUUAGGCUAGUGUGUCCCAUCCUGAGCACCCUCCAGAUGCCCUGGGAGCUCAGGUCCAUGCAUCUGGAGAGUGCCCAGGUGUAGGCUCACAUAAGCUCCUAGAACUAGGUACAGAGUUGUACAUGGCACCUAACAAAGAGCGAAGGAACUAAAGAAAUAAAUAGCUGAUACUCAUUCCAAGUAGUACAAGGGAACACUACAGCUGAAGGUCUACAGGUCAUUCUCCCUUCCCUCCCUACUAUUAAAACCCAUUUUCGCUGAGUCUAUCAGGAUUCUGCUGCAGGGAAGUCCUGCAAAGUGGGGAAGAAGCUAUGCUAUCAGGCUUCAACUACCUGGACCAUACCUUUUGCUCUUUGUAGCUCAGACUGUAUUACAGAGUUUAGGGAAGUGCUCACAGAUCUCCUGAGAAGUGGCAUUGGAAGAUAGGAGGCCCAAGAAUUGUCCUGCAUUGUAAGAAGCAGAGCCUUUCUCAGACUCGAUGCCCUACUUGCAUAUUGAUCCUUUCAGCUAAGGUGUCUUGUAGUAAUACUGUGAAUUCUCGUUUUAUCUCAAGUCCUCUUAGUCAAUGUAGUGUGACAACUGCUGUGAAUCCAGAGUGGGCUAGUCAUGUUGACCUCAUGCUGAAACAAUAGCAACUCCUGUGAUUUAAAGAGAAUAAAUAACCUUCUGUUGCCAUAACUGUCUCAUGUUACUU